CGGAGGCUGUGUGGCGGGGUAGGCCCGAGCGGCGCCCAGGACUCGGGGAAGCGCGGGGGUCUGUUUGCGAGCCUGUCCCUGCCCCGCCCCGCCGGCCGCCCCACGCCACCUCCGGUUCGCUCCGGGAGCGGCAGGCCCGCGGCAAACCUGCCCUGUAUCCGCCCCCAGAUGCCCCUACCCCUGGGGAGAGACGGGGUGACGGGGCCGCCCGAACGCCCGCAAAGGCUGCUGACCUGCGCCGGCCGCUGACUGCCCCGAGACUGGGCGCGCCCCGGGUCCGCACGCGGGAGGCGGGCAGGCGGGCAGGGCCGCGCUCACUGCAAGCCCCUGGCCGGCGACCUCCGGGGCUGGUGUGCUGUGGCGUUGUCUUUAGAGGAGGAACCAGAACGGAUUUAGGUUGGGAAAGAUCAGAGUCGCUGCUGUGAGCAGAACGACUUGGAAUGGCUGUCUGGGAGCAGUUACGGAGAAUUCUCACAGUGUGGACGUGGAGCAGGACAAGGAGUGCCUAGGGCAAGAUGUACACGCUGCUGUCGGGCUUGUACAAGUACAUGUUCCAGAAGGACGAGUACUGCAUCCUGAUCCUGGGCCUGGACAAUGCAGGGAAGACGACAUUUCUGGAACAGUCGAAAACCCGCUUUAACAAGAACUACAAAGGGAUGAGCCUAUCCAAAAUCACCACCACCGUGGGUCUAAACAUUGGCACAGUGGAUGUGGGAAAGGCUCGCCUCAUGUUUUGGGAUUUAGGGGGGCAGGAAGAGCUGCAGUCUUUGUGGGAUAAGUACUAUGCAGAGUGCCACGGUGUCAUCUACGUCAUUGACUCCACUGAUGAGGAGAGGUUAGCAGAAUCCAAGCAAGCAUUUGAGAAGGUGGUGACAAGUGAGGCCCUGUGCGGCGUCCCUGUUCUGGUGCUGGCCAACAAGCAGGAUGUGGAGGUGAGCCCCAGCUACUCACUGCAGGACUCACCUACCUCAGCCCAGACCAAGGUCUCCCCUGUGCACAGAGGUCUCCAGACUUGCCUGUCUAUCCCUGACAUCAAGACGGCCUUCAGUGACUGCACUGGCAAGAUCGGCCGGCGGGACUGCCUGACCCAGGCCUGUUCUGCCCUUACAGGCAAAGGAGUACGCGAGGGCAUCGAGUGGAUGGUGAAGUGUGUCAUCCGGAAUGUCCACCGGCCACCACGGCAGAGGGACAUCACAUAGGUGCACUGGCUUGCUAUCGGGCAGCUAGUCUGCAUGUGCUGGAGGAGGGGGCUUCCUGUUGGCCCCUGUGCCACCGGCCCCUGGGUUGGGUUUGUUUUGCUUUGUGAUUCUUUGUGUUCCUGUAAGACAUACUUCCUCUUGAGUCUGGAGCAGUAGAGGCAUCCAGGGCUUCUGCGGGUGGGGUGGGGAGUGAGGUGGUGGUGCUGGGGGGCUCUCGGGAGCCCCCAGGCUGCUCUAUCCAGCCCACCUAUUGAGGUGGCCGUGUGUCCGUUGCUCACUGGGCUCUGUCCCUCUGACCCUGGAGGUGGUCUGCCCUUGAGGAGCCAGCUGGGCCAGAGGUUCUAACCGAGCCUCAGAACAGGGCUGAGACUGCUUAUGAAGACAACCACCCCACACUGGCCCGGCAUAGCCUCAUUGUGACCCCCUAGAGAGGGGAUGGUUUUGGGGGGAGGCUGAUACUGGUUUUUCAUGUGCCCUGGGCAGGUUGUCUGUUGUUUGUGGGGCACAGAGCCCUCCCGUGGCCAUGUGCCUGUGGCCAGCUAAGACAGCACCCUGGGUCCCACUAGGCCAAGUCCUCAGAGCAGGUGGUGGGGUCUCCUUGGGGACUGUGGAGAUGCCUAACCAUCCCCCCCUGAGCCCCUUGUGGUGGGGACAAGGAUCCUUAAGAGUCGCCCCACUCAGCACAGCCCUGAUGCAGUAGGGCUCCCUGAGACAGUGUGGGAGUGGGCUGGCAGGGAGUUUGUGUGCAGAACUGUCCGGCUGGUUCCCAUCUAUCCCUUCCUCUGGGCCCCCAAGGGGCAGGUGAGCAUCUCGGCAGCCAUGGCCUGCAGGGCACACCCUUUUCAUAGACUUGGGAAGUGCCCAGGCCCAGAGGCUCCCCCAGGCUUGGGUGGGUGGGGGUGGCACCUCUUGCUGUGACUCAUGGUGGAUGUAGGGGGUCUGCACUAGGCCCCAGUUACUCUGGGUAGGUCUGGAGUGGAAGGAAAAGACCUCACUUCCGGGAAGCACAGGAGGUCCGGGGGAAACCUUUGCCUGGUCCCCUUUUGGGAAAUCCCUGAGUGGGAGGCUCCAGGGGGAAUGGGUGAGCCCCUUGAGCUCAGGCACUGUGCUGGCUGUCCUCUGCACUAUCCCAGCCUCUAGAAAGGCCACAACCAGUAGGAGGGCCCACCAGUACCAACCCCUUGCAAUGGCCCUUGUUGGGGGUGGCGUGGGGCAUGCUUAUGGCCGGAAAACUGGGGGCCUGGGGCGAGACUUCUACCCGAGUGUUCCCCUGGUGUAGCCCUAUGACGGGUACAACCAAUAUUACAAAUGGCUUUAUAAAAAUAAACUUUAAUAAGUUCCCCUUUAAAAAAGUUUUCUGGGGCUCAGCGCCUGUGGCUCAAGUGGGUAAGGCGCCAGCCACAUACACCUGAGCUGGCGGUAUCAAAUCUAGCCCAGGCCCAUCGAACAACGACAGCUGCAACCAAAAAAUAGCCAGGCAGGUGUUAUGGUGGGCGCCUGUAGUCCCAGCUACUUGGGAGGCAGAGGCAAGAGAAUCACUUGAGCCUAAGAGUUGGAGGUUGCUGUGAGCUGUGAUGCCACAGCACUACCCAGGGUGACAGCUUGAGGCUCUGUCUCUAAAAAUAAAGCUUUCUGGGAGUGGGGCCGCGCUCAGUGUGCGGGGAGGAAACGUGCGCAGA